AUGAACAGGGCAGUGCGUGGGCAGGUUCCCCUGGUGGCAGGCCGCUCGGCCCUGCGACAACGCCAUGCGCCUGUCCAACGGGGCUGUGCGCGCAUCAUCGCCCGCGUGCGGCCAGAGGACAAGAUUCAGUCCUCGGACGAGAUGGAGGCGGAGGUGGAGGAGUUCAUGAAGGCGCAGGCGGAGAUCGAGCUCGGGUCGAGUGGGCGCACGCAGCUCGAGAACGUGGUCGGCGCGGACCUGGUCGACGACGAGCAGGCCCGCGACCUGUGCCGCAGGGUGCUCGCGGUGCUGCGGACGCUCCAGGACCGCCGCGACUUCACGCCGAACGAGAUGCGCCUCAUCCUGCUGAUCGAGGACCCGCGCGCGCGCGACCGCCGCAACAUGGGCAUCGAAGACGACACCGGCGUGUCGCGGGAGGAGAUCGCGUCGGCGUUCCUCGACGUGGUGGACGGCAAGAUCCCCAACGACCGCAUCGCGCUCAAGGUGCUCGCGGAGGAGGUGGAGAACUGGCCCUUCCUCGAGGCCGAAGGGGCGAGCGCGCCGCAGCAGCCGCAGGAGGGCGAGGACACCGCGGCCCGGGGGGCGUGGAUCGAGGGGCAGGCGCGGCCACCCAUGGGGCGCGACAAGAACGAGAAGGCGGAGAGCAUCGAGGACCUGCUGCCGGACUGGGUCGGGUACGGCGCGGUCUGGGGCCUCUCGCUCAUCCCCGUGUUCAUCACCAUCAGCGUGGUCGCGCUGCUGUUCUUCUCCUCGCUGCGAUGA